GCUGGCAGAUCCAUCUUCUGAUUGGGACAUUGUGGAAACAAUUGGGAAAGGAACCUAUGGCAAGGUCUACAAGGUCAUCAGUAAAAAAGAUGGAAGUCAAGCAGCCGUGAAAGUUUUGGAUCCCAUUAAUGCGUUUCUUCCCCUCUUCGUCCUCUGGCUUGUCUCAGAAUCCCAGUCACACUAACAGAGUAAGUAGAUAUUCUUCCUAAAUUUCCCCCACAGAUAUUUUCAUAUUAUAGCACUAUUGAUUUUUGGAAAACAUGUCAGGAUUUUUUAUUUUUAUGCCUAAUGCUGAUAUUCUCCAAUUAGUGUAAUUUUAUUAGUGCUGCUUGAUCCCCCAUAACCCCCUGCUGCACAGUGUAUGCAUGGCUGCCUUCAUUGUACCCAUCGACUACCCUGCUGCCUGUCAUACAAGCACAUGCAUGAAAGCUUGGGAGAGUUUGUACAUCCUUUUCAUUGUUAUAAUCUAUUCUGACAUGUUGUCUUUGUACUGUAUAUGAUAGCAUUUAUUUUUCAAUUAAUUCUAGCUUUAGUUAAGGACAGUCCAUGUAGUUAGUCAUAGAAUCUCAUAAGAACAACAUGUCAUUACACACAACAAAUACAUAUGAUUAAUGCAGUUGUGCUAAUGGUUGUGUCAGGAUGUGGAUGAGGAGAUUGAAGCUGAGUACAACAUCCUGCGCUCGCUGUCCAAUCAUCCCAAUGUGGUGAAGUUCUUUGGCAUGUUCUACAAAGCAGAUGAGCUCUCUGGAGGGCAGCUAUGGCUUGUUUUGGAGUUGUGUAAUGGGGGUUCAGUAACUGACCUGAUAAAGGGUUUGCUGAUGAGGGGAAAACGUCUUGAGGAGCCCAUCAUAUCCUACAUCCUGUAUGGAGCACUUCUGGGUCUCCAGCAUCUUCACAACAACAGAAUAAUCCACCGUGAUGUGAAGGGCAACAACAUCCUCCUUACCACAGAUGGUGGAGUCAAACUUGUGGACUUCGGCGUCUCAGCUCAGCUGACGAGUGCCCGUCUACGCCGAAACACAUCAGUGGGAACCCCAUUCUGGAUGGCUCCUGAGGUGAUAGCGUGUGAACAGCAGUAUGACUACUCGUAUGACGCCCGCUGUGAUGUGUGGUCUCUGGGCAUCACUGCCAUAGAGCUGGCGGACGGAGACCCACCCCUGGCCGAGAUGCACCCGGUCAAAGCACUCUUCAAAAUACCGCGGAACCCGUCUCCUACCCUCCGCCACCCGGAGCACUGGUGCAGGAGUUUCUGCCACUUCAUUGCUCAGUGUUUGAUAAAGGAUUUUGAGACGCGUCCAUCAGUGACGCAUCUGCUGGAGCAUCCGUUCAUUAAACAGGCUCAUGGAAAAGACACGUCGCUCAGACAGCAGCUGUCAGUCCUCAUCCGCGAGCAACAGGACGUGGGCAGCAGAACUAAGACCAGGCAUGAGCGGAUCAAUACUCGCAAAACCCUGAUCAUUGAGAGCUGUCCUGAUGAUGAUCUGGUGAACCUGGAGGUUUUAGAUGAGGAAAUAAUCAUUACACAUCUUCAGAGGCGAUAUCAGGAGCUGCAGAUCUACACAUAUGUGGGUGAUAUCCUCAUAGCGCUUAACCCUUUCCAGAACCUCAACAUCUACUCUCCACAGUUCUCAAAGCUCUAUCAUGGGAUGAAACGCUCCACUAACCCCCCGCACAUCUUUGCCACUGCUGAUGCAGCCUAUCAGAGCAUGGUCACCCUCUCCAAAGACCAGUGUAUAAUCAUUAGCGGAGAAAGUGGAGCGGGUAAAACUGAGAGUGCCCACCUCAUAGUCCAACAUCUCACAUUUCUGGGCAAGGCUAAUAAUCGUACACUUCGUGAGAAGAUUCUUCAGGUGAAUCCCCUGGUAGAGGCGUUUGGUAAUGCGUGCACAGCCAUUAACGAUAACUCCAGCCGCUUCGGAAAGUACCUGGAGAUGAAGUUCACACCUACAGGGGCCGUGAUGGGUGCUAAGAUAUCUGAGUAUCUUCUGGAGAAAUCAAGAGUCGUCAAACAGGCUACGGGCGAGAAAAACUUCCACAUAUUUUACUACAUCUAUGCUGGUCUUUACCACCAAGACAACCUCAAGAGAUACAGGCUACCCAACAAAACUGCCCCCAGAUACAUUGACUGUGUUAAUGGUAAAGUAAUGCAGGACAUCAUCUCUAGCAAACUCUACAAGGAGCAGUUUGAUGCCAUUCAGGACUGUUUCCGUAUCAUAGGAUUUACUGAAGAGGAAGUGAAUUCUGUGUACAGAAUUCUAUCAGCCAUUUUAAACACAGGAAAUAUUGAGUUUACAUCCACCAGCUCCCAACAUCAGAGCGACAAGAGUGAGGUGCCCGACUCUGAGGCCUUAGAUGAUGCGGCCGCUCUGCUCAGUAUUGGCUCUGAGGAGCUUCAGGAAGCUUUGACCUCCCACUGCGUGGUAACUCGAGGAGAAACCAUCAUUCGCACCAACACCGUGGACAAGGCCACUGAUGUGAGGGAUGCCAUGUCUAAAGCCCUGUAUGGACGCCUCUUCAGCUGGAUAGUGAACCGCAUUAAUGCACUGCUGCAGUCUGACACUAACAUCUGUGCGGCUGAGAGUGGAAUGAACGUGGGGAUUUUGGACAUCUUUGGUUUCGAAAACUUCAAGAAGAACUCAUUUGAGCAACUGUGUAUCAACAUUGCUAAUGAACAGAUCCAGUUCUACUUCAAUCAACACAUCUUUGCCCUGGAACAGAUCGAGUAUCAGAGUGAGGGCGUUGAUGCCAGUCUGGUGGAAUAUGAGGACAACAGGCCCAUUCUGGACAUGUUUCUUCAGAAGCCCAUGGGUUUACUGUCUCUGCUGGAUGAGGAGAGCCGUUUCCCACAGGCCACCGACCAAACGCUCGUCGAUAAGUUUCAGGAUAACCUGAGAAACAAGUACUUCUGGACACCCAAGCGUGUGGAGCUUUGCUUCGGGAUCCAGCAUUAUGCUGGCAAGGUGUUGUAUAAUGUCAGUGGUUUUCUGGAGAAGAACCGGGACACACUUCCUGCAGAUAUUGUGGUGGUUUUGAGGACGUCAGAGAACAAACUUCUGCAGCAGCUGUUUUCCAGCCCUCUGACUAAAACAGGUAACCUGGCCACAUCCAGGGCAAGAGUGACAGCAGCAUCCAGAUCUUUGCCCCCACAGCUCAGCAGCGGGAGAAAUAAGGUGGACACCAUGGAAAUGAUGCGUCACCCAGAGGAAACCACUAACAUGAGGAGACAAACAGUGGCUUCUUAUUUCAGGUACUCGCUUAUGGACCUGCUGUCUAAGAUGGUGGUGGGAACGCCUCAUUUCGUCCGCUGUAUCAAACCCAAUGAUGACCGGCAGGCUCUGCGCUUCAAUAAGGAGCGUGUGAUGGUUCAGCUGCGAUACACUGGCAUCCUAGAGACCGUCAACAUCCGCCGGCAGGGCUAUUCUCACCGCAUACUCAUCGAGGAGUUUGUUAACAGGUAUUACUAUCUGGCCUUUCGUGCCCAUCAGAUGCCAGAUAGCAGUAGAGAGAACGCCAUCAUCAUACUGCAGAGAGCCAAACUGGACAACUGGGUCCUGGGCAAGACCAAGGUGUUUCUGAAGUACUAUCACGUGGAGCAGCUCAAUCUGAUGUUGCGGGAGGUGAUCGCACGGGUGGUGUUGAUGCAGGCCUACACCAAAGGCUGGCUGGGAGCUCGGCGGUACCGAAAAGAGAGAGAGAAACGCAACAACGGAGCAAUUAUCAUACAGUCAGCCUGGAGGGGUUACGUGGCCCGUCAGAAUCUGAAGCAGAUAAAGAGAGAGCGUGAGCAGGCUGCUGUACGGAUCCAGUCAGCAUACAGAGGCUACAGAGUCAGGAAAGACUACAAACAGAGUCGACAAUGGACUGGACAACCCACACCUGAAAGAAGACCCUCCACCAGUCACCUCUCAGAUGAAAAGGAUGUCUCUGUCAGAGCCGACGUGGGCAACAGAGAGGACAGCUCCGGUGACGCGUCUGUGCUGAAGACAGACAAACGGAGUGACAGCAGAGAGAGAGAUGGGCUGCAGGAGCGACCGGCACUGAGCAAGCAGGGUCCGACGGUGAAGCUACAGCACCGUUCCCCUCGGCGAAGAGGACAGCAGCCCAAGCUCCUGAACAGCCCGGAAGACAGUCUUUAUUACAACCAUCUCAACAGAAGUCUGGAUUAUCAGGGGAGCAAGAGGAAACCCAGAAAACUGGGGCAAAUCAAGCUUCUGGAUGGAGAGGAUGAAUAUUAUCAGUUACUGUCCACUAUAGAAGCCGUCCCUGAGGAGGAGGUUUUAUCUGGCUCCUCCCCAAACCUGAAGACUGCCACACCCACUGUCCCUCCCAUUAUCUCAUCCAGAUGAGCUGAGCUCCGCCCACCACUUUAACACGUGCUGACAGUUGAUUGCCUUCUCCAGCCUUUUGCUACGAAAUGUGCUGUAUAUAUAAAAUAAUGAGGGGUAAUUAUUUAUGUAUGCAUUAUUUUCUCAGUAUUUGGAUUCAUGUAUUUAUUAUGAAAGACAAAUGUAUCAGUUUUCUUGUAAAAUAAAAAGGAAAAAUGCAUACUGCGAUUAAUUAUAUAAGGAAUGUCCAUGGCAGCCUUUGGAACUGUUAAUAUUUAUAAUAUGUUGCCAAACAACAUGAUUAGAAGAGUAAUAGCUGACUCACUGUACUUCAUUUGUUUCUUUUUUUCUCUUUGGUCUGAGCUGUUUAUGAGCGACGGACCACAGAACGAAGUGUGUACAUCCUCUUUAGAGAAAGUGAUCAGCUGCUCAAUAAUGUGCUCUCUUCACUUUAUAGAAGCAGAGCGUGUAAAUGAGUGGCGCUGUAAUGUGAGACUUGCUGUUCCAGUAACAGUUUGGUACAGAUCUUAAAUCUCCAUCACUGCUUCUCAUGUUGAUAUUAUAAAACUCCCUCUGGUAAUCGAUUCAUUCCAACUACACAGUACAAUUAAAUAUAUAUAUAUAUAUAAAACAUCUGGAAAGUAACACUGCAUGGUUUUGAAUUGUGUGGUUGUGAGUUUCACUUGUACAGUGUUUGUGUUCUCAAUCCAAUCUUGCCAGCUGUUUUGUAUCCUAAUCUAUCUAAAAAAAAAUAGUUUUGUUAUUUAUUGUGUGCCGACUACUUUUAAAACUCUUUGCAUGCACUGCAUAACCUAAAUUAAGGUUGCCAAAAAUUAAAAAACUUAUUAGCCUGUGGCAUUCAGAAAUAUAUUAAAUAGGUUAUAAAUAUAUAUAGUUGAACACCAUAUAAUUGGAGGUGACCGUUAAGAAGAAUAAACAGAAUUGUGCCCUCUUGCAAUUCUCUAUGGACCGCAGGAAAACUGAGAUCUCCUCCCGGUGGGAAUCCCCCUCCUCCCCCAUUACUAUGUGAGAAACCUUAAUCCCAUCAAAAGAGCUGAUCUGCUUCAACAUCAACUACUCCAAACUGCUCGAAAGGGACAGUUUAAAAAGUCAUAGAUGAGACACAUCUCUCUGUGGGUGUUUACUUGUCUUGUUUUUUAUUUAGUCUACUGCUCACAUUUGAAACUGCACUGAUAUGACAGCCCGCAAAACUUUGAAACUCCUAAACACAUCCUACUUUGAAGCACUUUUGGUUUUUAGCACUCUUUUACCAUGCUUAGUCCUUGAUUCCUGUGAUAUUUGUGGAGGUGUCACAUGCGCUGGAGACUGAAGGCUUGACUGGUUCAGGGCGGAGCAGAGGGAGGAGAACUGGAAAAUGUUCAGACUUUCUCAAAGAUUGAAUCUCCUCCUCUUGCCAGCCUGCAAAUCGCACAACUAAGACAUCAUCAUCAUCACCAUCAUGUCCCCUCCACACCUUGAUGGCUCGACGUUGACUUUGUUGUGUUGUGGGAUUGUUCUUUCCUAAAUGAUUUGUCUUAUCAACUAUGAAAACAAUAAGCAGUCGCUUGUUCUUUUUGGUCUUUAAUUACAAGCAAUUAGUGCAACUAAAGAAUAAGUGAUUUGAGAGCUGCUUUGUUGACUUGUGCCAGAAACAACCGCAUCCUGUUUUUAUUAUUUGUUAAAAACUGGGGGAAAAUUGUUGUCUGUGUUUCAGACAUAUUUCACGGUUCAUUAUUACUGUUGUAACUAAAUUAAAAUGGCAUUGUUGCAUUUACUCACAGGACAGAUUCCAU